AUGGACGACGGCGAGACGGCACCACCGGCAGCCAAGAGGCGGAACCAGAAGAAGAGUGCGUACUACAUACCCAAGGAGCUCGUCCGGGAGAUCCUGGUCCGUCUUCCCGUUGAGUCGCUGAUGCGGUUCAGCUGCGUCUGCAAGGCGUGGGGAUCCACCAUCUCCGGCGAUGCGUCCUUCCACCGCGCGCACCUCCGCCUCCAGCGGCCGCUCCUGCUCGUCUCCCCACAGACAACUGCAGUUUACGGUGGAGUGCACAUGAAGAAGAUGAUCUUGUAUGGGUGGGAGGACAACCAGCAGGGCACCAGCACGCCGCUGGUGCACGCACGAGUUCGCGCACCAACGUUGUCGUCCCCCUUCCGGAUGCACGACUUCGCGCACUGCGACGGGCUGGUUCUGCUGGGCAGCACCGAGGCCAUCGUGCGCGUGAUCAAUCCAGCCACACGCAGCGUGCUGUCGCUGCCGUGGGGUGGCUGUGGCGCCAUGCAGCUACACCAGGCAUUCGGUCUCGGACAAGACCCUCGCUCUCACGCUUACAAGGUGGCUCGCUGCUUCGUCACCGGUGACAAACAUUACAAAACCAAGAUGAAAGUCUUCACCAUUGGGAUCGACCACUGCUGGCGGCAGACAAUGACGGAUCCGCCGUACCCUGUCGCAGCACGGCGAACGGCGACUUUCUUUAAGGGGUCUCUGAUCUGGACCAUCCAUGAGUCCACCCUCGGGAGCCCCGCGCCAGGUUUCCUCCGUUUUCGCUUGGACAAAGAGGACUUUGUGCUAAUGGAGCCUCCUCCUUGCUACCCAAGGCUAGACUACGCAAAGUCGGCUCUAGCCGACCUGCGGGGGGAGCUCUGCUUGGCCUGCGGAGGGGGUGACAUGAUGACACUCGAUAUGUGGAUGUGCGAUAACAUGGAGAAUCCGCAAUGGGAUCUACGUUACAAAAUCGAUGUUCCGCCGCAUAUGCCACCGGAUUUCAGUCCAAUUGCAUCAUUUGGUGAUCAGAUUGUUUUCAAGGAACAAUAUUUGCGUACCGGACACUACGAUCUCAAAACAAAAACUUACAAGAACGUGCUCUGGAUGGAGGACUUGAGGUGUCACAAUCCAAUCUCCGGCAAGACUAAAUACAAAGAGAGGCAUUUCGACAACAUUGAUGUAAUCCCCUUCGUUCCAAGCCUCAUUCCAGUAUAG